UCCUUCUUUCCUCAACUCACCCCGUAGCCCCACUUCGUCUCUCUAUUUUCUGCCCUCCUCCGCCUCCUCCUCCUCCUCCUCCUCCUCCUCCUCCUCCUGCUUCUUGUCUCUUCAUCUCUGCUAUUGAAACUUGAAACCUCCGUCUUUCCUAUGGCUAAUAAUAAUAAGCAUACCAUCAUACUGAUGCAGACAGCUCAGAGCAAAGCAACUAGAACAUUUAUGGACUAUGGUUCUAUAAGCCAAGCUAUGGAUGGUACAUUAUUCAUAUUUGCUAUUGUUAACUCUUUUUGUUGUCUCUGUAGAAAGUUUCCUUUUUGUUAUGACAUUUCAAAUCUCUAUAAUUUCAUCGAUGGCCUGGCGGACUUUAGUGCAUUGGUAUAUGAGCCCUCGCUACAGGCAUAUCUGCCAUAUGACAGAGAGUGGAUCAAACAUAAAACACUUCAACAUCUCAAGAAAUUGGCACAAACUGAAUAAGUGAAUGAAGUGAAUGCUGCAAAAUCCUCACAUUGUUACAUAUCCCAAUUCCAUAAUUGGAAUAUAGUGGGAACAUUUUUCUAUGUUAAGAGUUUUGUGGUAAGAGUUUUCCCCCUAUGCAAAAGUGAUAUGGUAUUCCGAUUGCUCUUGCAUUCCAUACAAAUAGGGCAGAGGUAGCUUUCUACUCUUGUUCCAAUGGAAAGGCAGAUAUUAUUGUUUGGUGGUCUGUGCUCUGUGCUUUCGUAGCAAAAUACUCAGUUUUCUAGGAAGUUUGAUCUUGUCCAAAACUAUGAAUGUAAUAUUGUUUAACUUGAUUGCUUGUUUGCCAUAUUGUAUAUGCAUUUGAUAAUCUUGGAGCAUAAAUUUUUGGAACUUGGAUCCAUUCGUAUAUGACUGCAGGAUGACAUGUAUGAGGAAAAUAUGUGUUUGU